CUUCCAGCUGCCUGAGGAAAAAGCGUAAAUGUCACUAGCAGCAGCGCCGCUUCUGCCCUUCAAUGCCGGAGUUAUUCAUCACAUGCUAAGUUUCAGCGUGUCAGAGCCCGAGGGGAUCUUUCAUGCAGCUGUAGGACUCGUCACGUCUGCUGUUUCUGCUCGGUGUUUAUAAACAGCGCUAACUGCGGUCAUGGAGUGUCGUGUGUUGUCCAUUCAGAGUCAUGUUGUCAGGGGAUACGUGGGGAACAAGUCGGCGACAUUCCCGCUGCAGGUGCUGGGCUUUGAAGUGGACUCCAUCAACUCUGUGCAGUUCUCCAAUCACACAGGCUACGCCCACUGGAAAGGCCAAGUGCUGACAGCAGAGGAGCUAAAUGUGCUAUAUGAGGGCAUUAAGCUCAACAAGGUGAACCACUAUGACUACAUCCUCACAGGCUACAGCAGGGACACGUCCUUCCUGGAGACGGUGGUUGACAUCAUUCAGGAGCUGAAGAAGGCCAAUCCCAGCCUGGUUUAUGUUUGUGAUCCUGUUAUGGGAGACCAUGGUGCUAUGUACGUUCCAGAGAACCUGCUGCCAGUCUACAGGGACAAAGUAGUGCCUUUGGCCGACAUCCUCACCCCCAACCAGUUUGAAGCAGAACUAUUAACUGGGAGGAAAGUCAACACGCAGGAAGAUGCUUUUGAGGUGAUGGACUUGCUCCACAAAAUGGGUCCAGAAACCGUCGUCCUCACCAGUUCAGACCUGCCCUCAAAAAAAGGGGACCAGUUCCUGGUAGCACUCGGCAGCCAAAAGAUAGUGAAACCAGAUGGGUCCAACACCAGUCAGAAAAUCUGCAUGGACAUCCCCAAAGUGGAUGCUGUGUUUGUGGGGACAGGAGACCUGUUUGCUGCCAUGUUACUCGCCUGGACUCACCAUCACCCCAAAGACCUGAAGGCUGCCUGUGAAAAGACUGUUUCAGUCAUGCACCAUGUCAUUAAGAGGACCAUUACUUAUGCCAAUGAGAUGGCUGGUCCUGGGAAAAGGCCCAGUCCUGCACAACUGGAGCUGAGGAUGGUUCAGAGCAAAGCCGACAUCGAGAAUCCUGCCAUCGUCGUGGAAGCCAAGGUUUUACACAAGUCUUCACAAUGAGGACGGUGACGCUAUUGUGAAACAAUUCACAUCGUGCUGGUACAAAUCGGCUUCAAAUCUGGGCCAUCCGCCAGACACAUGUAGGAGUCUCAUAUCAAAGACUGCUGCGCAUCUCUGCCUUACAGAAUCUUCAAGGUUUUUCAUGCGAAGGGUCUGCGGGAUGUGUUGUACGUUCAUUCUGCUCACACUGGGAUCACUGCCAUACGUGUCUGUACUAUGGCCUGUGUAGACAUCAUCAAAAAGGACAUUAGCCAACUAUGUUUAGGUUUAAAGAUAGUGUAAGUGUACUUGAAUCCUCUUUAACAUGGUCGAAUUAUUUCUCGCUUUUAUUUGAAUUAAGCUUAAUAGAAAAAAAAAAAACACGAAACCAGUGACGCAUGCAUGAUCAGGCAUCUGCUCGUUUAGGUUAUGAUUGUAGGUAAGGACUAGCCACGUGUACUUGAAGUGUGUUGCUCACAAGGCAUUAUAAGCACAUGAUGAAGACCAUAAUGCAGAAGCAAAGGAGCUAACAAAACGUGAAAAUAUACAUUAUCAUUUCUUUACAAUGAUGUCAAAUUAACAACAUUUUCUUACAUUGUGAGUUUUCUGAAAUGAUUAUAAUACAGCGGUAUGAAUGCAUGCAGUGCUCAUGAUGUACUUGGGUGUUUUAUCAUGCAUUUUAAGUAAAGUUACCACCUUCUACACGCAGAUCAGAAGCAUCGUAAGUGCUGAGAUGUGUUUCGUAUUUACAUGUAGUCUAUACAGAGUCAUUAACACAGUUUGUUUUACUUAGAUUUGCUUGGAACAAAUUGUAACUUAAAAGAUAAUUGUGAUAAUAGUUGAUUUCUAGAAUUGCUCUUUUAAUCGAUUUUCUGGAAAUGUUUUUCACCUCCUUCUUUUAUUUUAUUUUUUUUAAAGCCAUUUAUUUCUCGAGCUAGCAGACGUUUCACAUGUCAGAUCCAUGUCUUAAACAUCUCAAAUUGAGGUAUUUGCACAGAUAAUCUUUAAUAGUAUAUUUACUAAUGUUCUUUUUUUUGUCUUUAUUCAUUUUUAACUGUUGUCAUAUCGCAACAAAAAGAGUCUGUAAUGAAAGACCAUUCUAUGUAAUAGCCUUAACAGGGUUAGGGAAGAAAAAACAUUGGUUGUGAAUGUUUUUUUUUUGUGUACCAAUGUAAUAGUUGAUCCUCACACAUGAUGUUAGAAAAGUCAAGUGCCAAGCAUUGAGCUGCUGCUCUGAUGUAGAGCAAUAUGAGAACAGUAAUAAUAAAUUGUGAUUAUUUUACUGACACUG